UUAAAGUAAUUAGACAAAUGGCGAGCAGAGACUGGAGAAAUGGAUAUAUAAAGGGCUUGUAAGAGCAAAGAGAACCAAAUUCACCAUCUCCAUCCAUUCUGCAAGAGAAGAGACGGUUUGUGAAGAUGUGGAGGCUAACUUGCAUUGGUUUGGCCCUGCUCUUAUGCGUUCAAGGUUCACUUUCUCAGCUGAAUGUUUGUGGACAGGCUCCUCUAAACACCCGUAUUGUGGGUGGUGUGAACGCACCUGAUGGGUCGUGGCCGUGGCAGGUCAGUCUGCACACUUCUGGACGUCAUUUUUGCGGAGGCUCCCUCAUCAACAAUGAAUGGGUCCUGACAGCAGCUCACUGUUUACCUGGUGUCAGCGCAUCCAGUCUGCGUGUGUAUUUGGGAAGGAGGACACAGGACGGAGUCAAUGCCAAUGAAAUCAGCAGAAACGUCAUUACGAUCAUUGUUCACCCCUCUUAUGACAGGACCACAAACAACAAUGACAUCGCUCUGCUCCGGCUGUCCUCCACAGUCACUUUUAAUGACUAUAUUAGACCCGUGUGUCUGGCAGCCCAAAGCAGCGUCUUCCCUUCUGGCACCAGCAGCUGGAUCACAGGCUGGGGAGAUGUUCAGUCUGGAGUGAGUUUACCUGCUCCUGGGAUCCUGCAGGAGACUAUGGUUCCAGUGGUGGCUAAUGAUCAAUGUAAUACUCUUUUGGGCUCUGGAUCUGUUACCACCAACAUGAUGUGUGCUGGUUUAAUGGAGGGAGGCAAAGACACCUGUCAGGGAGACUCUGGAGGUCCAAUGGUGAGCAAGCAGUGUUUGGUGUGGGUUCAGUCUGGCAUCACCAGCUGGGGUUAUGGCUGUGCCGAUCCCAAUGCACCUGGUGUUUACACCCGUGUGUCACAGUAUCAGAGCUGGAUCACAAACAACGUUGGCCAGAACCAGCCAGGCUUUGUCACCUUCAACCCUACAAGCACAUGCCAGUCUGUUUCUACGGCCUCGCCUGCUUCUACUUCAACAGCUACUUCUACAACUUCCCCAACUACUGCUACUACUACAUCACCAACAACUACCACCCAAAAAACUUCUACUACCUUAAGACCAGCAACUACUACUCUUUCAUCAAGUUACACCUCAACCUCUUGUCAAGGGAGAUGUGGUGAGAAAGUUUACCUCCACAACAGCUGCAACUGCAAUCCUCGCUGCCGCAUAAACUGCUGUGCAGAUUAUAGAAAACUAUGCAGGUAUUAGUAAAUAACUCUUGGCUGGCACGAUCCUCCGAAUCACCUGCACUAUAUGUUUAUUUGUUUAUAAAUUCCAUGCAACAAUUUUAUGCAUCAAGGACAGGUUAUGCAACAAAAUAUUUCUUUAUAUCAACAAAGAAUCAAUUCAGUUGAAAUUAAUUUCCUCAAAAUGUAUGUGUAAUGACAGUCUAAUUUCCCCUCUUCAGACUAAUGAUUUUAUAGUGUUUGUGUGUCAAAAUUGUACAGAAAUAAUUCAAAAUUAAUUUUAUGGAGCAUACAAAAUCAUACAAGCAGAAUAUAUUAUAGCAUAACUUGAUAAUAUCAUUUGGGUCUUGUUUGUAAUCUGUAUUAUAUAAAUGACUUAAUAAAUACUUUGCAUCAUCUGGCUUGUAAUGUCUUUUCUGUUAUAAAUCACACCAAUG